AUGUCGGGCUUCCUGGUGGAGCUGCUCGGCGAGAAGCUGGUGGCCGGCGGCGGUGAAGAGGUGGACGUGCACUCACUGGGCGCCCGCGGGAUCUCCCUGCUUGGGCUCUACUUCGGCUGCAGCCUGAGCGCCCCCUGCGCGCAGCUCAGCGCCAGCCUGGCCGCCUUCUACGGCCGCCUGCGGGGGGACGCGCCGGGGCCAGGGCCGGGGAGCGGGGGCGCGGGUGCUACCGCGGCGGUAGCGGCGGCGGCGGCAGCAGCAGCAGCCCCCUCCGGGGCCGCCGCCGAGCCUGAGCCCGAGCCCGAGCCACGCCGCCGCCUCGAGAUCGUGUUCGUGUCCUCGGACCAGGAUCAGCAGCAGUGGCAGGAGUUCGUGCGGGACAUGCCGUGGCUGGCGCUGCCCUACAAGGAGAAGCACCGGAAGGAGCGAAUACACAGAAUCUAUUGCUUCCAAGGCAUCCCCACCCUCAUCGUGCUGGACCCCAAGGGAGAGCUGAUCACCCGGCAGGGGCGGGUGGAGGUGCUGAAUGACGAGGACUGCCGGGAGUUCCCGUGGCACCCCAAGCCCGUGCUGGAGCUGUCCGACUCCAACGCCGUGCAGCUCAACGAGGGCCCGUGCCUCGUCCUCUUUGUAGACUCUGAGGAUGAUGGCGAAUCCGACGCUGCCAAGCAGCUCAUCCAGCCGAUUGCAGAGAAAAUCAUUGCCAAGUACAAAGCCAAAGAGGAGGAGGCCCCGCUUCUGUUCUUCGUGGCAGGAGAGGACGACAUGACAGACUCGCUGAGAGAUUACACCAACCUGCCUGAGGCUGCCCCACUGCUCACCAUCCUGGACAUGUCAGCCCGAGCCAAGUACGUGAUGGAUGUGGAGGAGAUCACCCCCGGCAUUGUGGAGGCCUUUGUGAACGACUUCCUAGCAGAAAAGCUAAAACCAGAGCCCAUCUAAUGGGACCGUGGCCUCCUCGGACGUUCUCCAAGACUCGGCCGCCGCCGCCGCCUCCUCCCCCUUUUCCUCUCUGUCCUGGGAUUUCCCGGCUGCGUUUCUGAUACGCUCACUCAACCCUGAUGGCUGACCUCUUGGUGGUGCCUUUUCUUUCUGAGUUCACUCCUUCUCGCCAGCUCCCUCAGGGGGGCCUCCUUCCACCGUGUCCCGGAGGCUGCCUGAGCUUCCCGGAGAUGUGUAGCCGGGCUAACUGGGAUUGUGUCACCAGGACGUGCGCGUCCCUGGCUCAUGGGGAAACCCUGGCAAGGAGAUCCUUCCCCCGCGUUAGGCAGCAAGCAGCCAUUUCACUUGGUUCUCAGUUUCUCCACAUCUUUUCUUGAUCCUUUGGGCCUUUACAAAUCUUCAGGGUUACUCCCCUCUCCAUACUCACACUCAUGAAUACUCGCACACAGGACACUUCAGGAAACAGAAGGGUGGUGGUUGGUGCCCCUCAAUAGGUGUCCUUGGCUCUUGGCUAAAGAAAAAGAAAGUAGGGGCAGCUAGCUAGGUAACUUGGUGGGUAAAGUGUCAGGCCUGCAGUCUGGAGGAUCUGGGUUCAAAUGUGACCUCAAACACUUCCUAGCAAUGUGACCCUGGGCAAGUCACUUAAUCUU